UACUUCAUUCUUAACUUUGCAAAUGUUAGGUUUUACUGGCCGAAUUAAAAAGAGUGUUAGGUUUUACUGGUUCGUAAUAGUAAAUGUGGGUCGUGUAUCGGUACAUAAUCUGCAAACUUGUAUUAUCAGCUUUGUUGUCUCAUUUGAAAAGCACGGAAUUACGCAAACACAAUUUUAUACAAUGAAAUCUGGAAAGGUUGUCGCUGACAAAAUUUUGUGGCAUCCGUUCACUGGCUUCCGCAUCCGGUGACCUGACUUUUACCCGGUGGUUGCAAAAGUUUAGAGCCAGCAUUUCCCGUUGUUCGCACCUCUGGUCAUUAAAUUUUGUACCGUACUACGAUUUUGGUUUGAUUGUGGAGUGACUCAAGCACCAAGGCAUUCUGAAAACAUGCUUUCUCCAACUGCACGAUCACUGAGAAAGAAUGGCAUCGGCCACUUUUUUACCGGUGGCUUAAGUAUAAUUUGGCAAAUCGGAGUGCACAUAUGUGCAGGACUGCACACUGCAGAAUUCAACAUCUAUAUGGCAGACUAUGCGAGAGAUAUUGCCAACUCAUCCACGGGCAUCUUUGCCGGAAUCGUUUUCAUCCUUGCAGGCGUUGCGGCUUUUCGAAUCACUAAUAUUUUAAAGGAAAACGAGAAUGCAGAUGUCACAGUGCCCGUGAAGAUAUUUAAAGCAUUAAGUGGAAUUAGCAUUCCGUUCUCCUUUAUCCUGGUGUUUUUCAGUGGUUAUCUUGCCUAUCGAACUUCGCAUCAGUUUGAAGAAGCCAACCUUCAGCAAAUCACCAUUGCACAUGCGGCACUACCCUUUCAUGUUCUGCACUGUCUGACGGGAAUUGCGGACAUGGGACUGGCUAUCUGGGGCCUCCUCAUGCAACCAGUGACCAAGCCUCUGCCACCAGUGUCCUUCCGUUCGGCUAGAGAUCGAAUGGGACUCGAAAAUCCAAGCUACUCUAACAACAAUGUCCAAUUGCCUUAGACUGUUUGUUAACAUUGAAAUAGGGUUGGUAACUCGACAUGCCCUGAUAACAAUAUUUAAAUUCUGCCGAGAGUUAACCGUGUUCCUUAACUUCAUUCGACUGACGGUGUCAUAAGCGUCUUUCAAACAAUUUGGUGAUGCCACAAACAAUAAGACAGAA